UCCUCAGGGGCAUCAAAGGGGUCGCUCCAUCAUAAGAGGUAGUACCAGGCAGAUAGCCAGUGAUAGGGGUAGGGGGACACGCAGAGUUAACCCUUCCAGGGCAAUGAGGCCAUUACAGUUUUUACAAAUGGGAGAUAACGCAAAUGCUGUUCAGCAGGCCGCUCCCGAUAUUAUUAACCCACACAGGGCUGAUAGUGGUUUAGUACAAGCGGCCGCUCAGCCGCAUGAUAUUGUCAUUAAUACACAUAUGUCUGAUAAUAGUCUGCAUGUGAAUCAAGGCAAUGAUCGCAGUAUGCAUGUGAAUCAAAACAUUGAGCAUCAUUUACCGUCUCAUCAUUUACCAUCCCCCAUUGGUGUGAAUGCGGUUUUGAAUGGUGUGAACGUACAAGCAGCAACUCAGGGAUAUAAUACACCCCUGGUUGGCAUACAUAAUGCAAAUGUGCAAUCUUUAGGCCAGCUACAACAUCCCAUUAUGUUAGGCAUACAAGGAGUACAACCCCUUGCUCAGGGUAUCCACUCCCCCAUUGCAGCCACGCAGGGCGCUCAUGCACACUCAUUAAACCAUGCACAAUCAAUAAGCCAGGCAAGCCAUAACCCUAUUGUAGACCAGCAGGGUGUGAAUGCUCAGACAUCUGCGAAUGGACAGUCAGCGAGUCAGGGGUUUCAUACACCGCUUCAUAUAGCUCAUCCACCCCUUGCUACUGAUAAUCCAGACACAUCCAUUGGGCAAAGUGCUCGCCAAAUUCUUUCUCUUUUGCAGGGGGCAAUUGGAUCACAAAGUGCAGAAAAAACACGGACCAACACUGCCACAGUCAUGAGUGGGGCGGAUGCAGGAGUAGCAGGCAGCAUUACAGCAGGAGCAGCAGCCACCACUUCCACUGCACAGCAAGGGUCUUCAGGACUCGCCCUCCAAAACCAGCAAGCAGGCCAGCCCGUUUCCAGCAUGGGUCAGGGACCUCCUGCCAUUAGUCACGCUCGUCCUUCCUGGAUAGCCUUACUGCCGUUGGUCCGCUCCUCCUUAGCACCAUCCACUUGGCACGCCUAUGCCCGCAUGUGGUCUGAAUGGGACAAUUUCUGUGCGUCCAGGGGAGCCGACGCUGCUCAGGGGUCUAGGGACAACUUACAUGAUUGGCUGGCACUACCCCCGGGGUGAAGCGAAUCUGGAUUGUGGGCCACUCCUUUGUCCACUGGGCCUCCCUACGCUGUGCGUCCCUCCCAUUUGGCCAAUCCCUAGGUCUCCCUCCCAACAAGGCAUCCGUUAGGUGGUUGGGUGAUAGGGGGAUGUGCUGGCCCCAAUUAGCAGGAACCAUAUCUGAGGCCCUGGUACGCUGGGGGAAGCCUCACAUUAUUAUUCUUCACCUAGGGGGUAACGAUGUGGGGGCCAUACCAGUUUUACAGUUGAUUAAGGUUAUGCAGGCAGACAUUGGGUGGCUAAGAGUACGCAUCCCGGGGGUCAUGAUAGGGUGGUCCCAUAUAAUACCCCGUCUCCACUGGAGGCAUAUGUCGGCCCAUACGGCGGCAUACCGGGUUAGGAAGAAGAUCAAUGCGUCUGUAGCGAAAACCGUCACUGGGUCAGGUGGCUUCGUGGUACGGCACGAAGCCAUUUCGGCUGAUAGAACCGAGCUAUAUAGAAGGGAUAAAGUUCACCUUUCAGAUGUGGGGCUGGAUUUAUUCAUAGGGGACAUUCAGAGAGCUCUGUUACCCCUCCUGUAAAUCGGGUCGUGGGUUGGCGGCAAGGGUACCAUUAAAAUGCUUCCUUGUGGCGGGAGAUCCUCGGUCCGGUUGCGCAGGAGAAGGUCGCUAGGGGUGAGUGAUGGCCAGACUUCCGGGGAGGGGGGUAGGCCCUCACGUGCACGUGACGGUAACCCUCCUUCCUCCCUUUUUGAGGGAUGGUCACGUGAUCUCUGCAACCCCUCAGCGUCAUCUCCUUAGGGCAGAGACCCCUCUGCUGCUGUUCCCGUUGGGCCGGUGAUCUCCUGCUGUUCUGGGUAGCUGAUCUCUAUGCCGCCAUAUAUAUUUUCAGUUCUAUCAGUUCUAUCUAGUUUGUUAGGUUAAUAAAAUUUUAUGGCCUGUGACGGUCACAAAAUUUUCCCAUAAAAAGUUUGUCUGUGGUUAUUUCGCACUACAUUCUCAUGUACAUAGUUAUUUAAUUAAGUUAUGUUAAAUCCUCUCCUCUGUGAAGAAGGAUCCGGUAAGCAUUUAAUCCCUUAAUGCAGUGUAGGGCUUAGUAUAAGCCUGGAGCAGUCUAAGGGUUAAGGCUGUAGGAGAGUGGGUUAGAAGAGAGAGGGAAGGUGCUGGGUGCAACAUUGUUGCAAUUUAGGGUAGGCCCCUCCUUACCAGUAGAUAAGCCAAGUUCUCCCUUGCAACUUCCUCUUCUUCUCCGGAUCCUGGCUGAAGCAGUUUUUUCCCCUCCCUCCCUUCCCCUUUUGUAAUGUUUUAAUGAUGUUGUAUUUUCGACGGCACCUUAAUGGCAGGGCUAUGGCUACUCACCCUAGGCCCAAUAAGCCAUUACUGUAGGAUAUGGAUCUCCUCUCCCUGUUAUGCGGUUUACACGGCUUGGUAACAGGGAAUCCUUAUCUAGGUGGAAGAUCUUCUUUUCACCCUGGCGGCGGGAGAUCCUCGGUCCGGUUGCGCAGGAGAAGGUCGCUAGGGGUGAGUGAUGGCCAGACUUCCGGGGAGGGGGGUAGGCCCUCACGUGCACGUGACGGUAACCCUCCUUCCUCCCUUUUUGAGGGAUGGUCACGUGAUCUCUGCAACCCCUCAGCGUCAUCUCCUUAGGGCAGAGACCCCUCUGCUGCUGUUCCCGUUGGGCCGGUGAUCUCCUGCUGUUCUGGGUAGCUGAUCUCUAUGCCGCCAUAUAUAUUUUCAGUUCUAUCAGUUCUAUCUAGUUUGUUAGGUUAAUAAAAUUUUAUGGCCUGUGACGGUCACAAAAUUUUCCCAUAAAAA